GGGAGCACCGCGCACUCCGAAAAUAACUAAAGCGUUCGUAAUUUUCAGCUAAAUGCCCGAAGAACGCGAUGUUGCAAUGGAUUCAGUGUCUGGGAAGAUGGAAAGUGAGAGAAAACCUAGAGUAUUUGAGAAGCCCCUGGAUUUAGACGACGUUCUGGUGAACGAGCUGGGUCAACUGGGCUGGUUCCAGCUGCGGAUCAUUGCGUUAGUGGUCGUACCGAUCAUGAUGUCAGCGUUCAUGAGUGAAUACAUCUUCUCCGCCGCAGCGAUACCUCACAGGUGUUGGAUACCAGAAUGCAAUGAAAAGAGUAAAGAGUUAAAAUAUGACCCUGAUUGGAUAUUAAACGCUGUACCAAGUACCGGGUCUGGAUUUUCCAGCUGCCGAAGGUUCGCUCUACAGACUUCUGGUACUAACGGUAGUCUCGACAACUGCCCUGCUCAGUUGUUUGAUCACUCCAAAACUGUGGGGUGCCAGGGUUAUGUUUAUGAAAAAAACAAUUCAGUUGUCUUUGAUUUCGAUCUCGGUUGUCAAGACUGGUUGCGAGCGUUCGCCGGCACGCUAAACAGUAUCGGGAUACUGCUGGCGAUGCCUAUCACGGGCUACAUCUCGGACCGCUUCGGCCGCAGAUUCGCUCUCGUCGUUAACGUGUUUAACCUCAGCUUGGUCGGCCUGAUUAGAGCGUUCUCCGUUAAUUACACCAUGUACAUGAUACUACAAAUUGUUCAAACCACGCUAGGUGCUGGUACUUUCAGCUCUGCUUAUAUAUUUGCUGCUGAACUGGUUGGACCUAAGUACCGUGUGCUAACAAGUGCGACAUUAUCAUCUAUAUUUGCAAUCGGACAAGUGAUCCUUGGCGCGGUGGCCUGGCUGAUUCAGCCGUGGCGGUCUAUGCUUAUGGCCCUACAUAUACCAGGUUUCGUGAUAAUCGCGUACUAUGGGAUAUUGUCUGAGAGCAUUCGAUGGUUGAUUUCCAAAAGAAAAUUCACCGAAGCGAAAAAAGUUUUGGAGACUGUAGCGAGAGUAAACGGGACACAAAUAAGUGAGAAGUCUUUGCAAGCACUUAUGGGUUCAGCGGAGACUCCACCUAAAGCGAAUGACGGAAGUCCGAGUCUCAUCCGUUCAAUUACACGCUCGCCAGUCCUACUGAGGCGAGUGUGCACAACUCCAGUGUGGUGGAUCACCACGAUCUUCGUGUACUACGGUCUCUCCAUCGACUCCACCAGCCUCUCCGAUACCAUCUACUUGAACUACAUCUUGACUUGCGCCAUAGAGAUUCCAGGCUUCUAUACAGCAGUGUUCGUGUUGGACAGAGUUGGCAGAAAAGCUACCAUUUCCUCCGGCUUCUUCUUCAGUGCCGCUUGCAACAUUAUAUUUGUUUUUGUUCCGAGCAGUUUGUCGGUGUUCCGGCUGAUAGUGUUUCUGCUGGGAAAAUUCGGCAUCUCCAUGGUGAUGACGUCCCUGUAUCUCUACACCUCUGAGCUGUACCCCACGGAGUACCGGCACAGCCUACUGGCCUUCUCGUCCAUGAUUGGACGGAUCGGAUCUAUCACGGCUCCACUCACACCUGUACUCAUGGACUACUGGCACGGCAUCCCGUCAAUGAUGUUCGGUGCGAUGGGCAUCCUGUCCGGCAUACUGGUUCUCACGCAGCCCGAGACGCUGGGCACCAAGAUGCCCGACACCUUAGCCGAGGCGGAAGCACUGGGCACACCAGAAUCCAAAUUGCAGCCGCCCAGUUGAUCUCGCUUCUCAUCAGGGCUGUCCUGAAUUUACAAAUAUCUUUAGAUUUUACCUUCUUUAAGCGUUAGUUAUCGCAGGCUGAUCUUCCGUCAAAGUGUCCGAAAUUUUGGUGUCGUGACGCGGUGUAAAGCAAUAUAAAAGCAAUAUAAAUGUGGUUCGAUACCAGUCUUGCACAUAGCUAGGCUAAGCCACCUUUGUUUCGUAUCUCAAUAUAAAACACACUCUGCAUUAUUUUGUACUGUGAUGUUUAUAGAAAUGCUGUGUUGAUAAUUUUCGAGAGUUUACCUAUUACAUUGUUUAAAGGUGAAAUGUACCGAACCUCAGAUUUUUAAUAAUAAUAUGAAUAUAUUUUUCUCCCUACUUUAUUGACUGAUUUGGAUUGACUCUUUUGUAAGUCUGGUUGAGUACUACAAGUAUGAGAAGUUUUAUAUGGGAACUCGCCAUUCUGCUUUGUAUAUUGCAUUAUAAACAAGCUGUAGAUGUUUUUGCAGCAUGACUUUUGUUAUUCUGAAUUUCUGCCGCGCUUAGAAUCUUGUCUAGUUUACUAAUGGUAU